AUGCCUUCAUCUUCAAGCAGACUCAAUAUCAAAUACCUUGAAAAUUCUGAUGAAAAGGACUCCAGUUCUGACUCGCACUGCUCACCCAAUCGUGUUUCCAACAGUACCGACAAGCCCAAGAGCCAGACCCACCACCACCAAAAGGAGAAAGUCGAUUCCAACGAGCUGUCCAACGACGCUUCCAACGAGACCUCUGACCUGGACAACAACGCUUCUGACGACCGCCAACCUUGCGCUUUUGUACUGCAACCCAUGCAACACCUACCAGAAAACAGCGUCGACAAGGACACGUCGGACAUGCCGCAGCCGCCUCCAUCGGCCAGUUUUGCGUCCCCACAGCCGGAAACGGGUUCUGACGGCACCCUGAAGUCGACUGGAGACUCUGUUGGCGCAACUGAUGAGACUGGCAAGACCACGGCAUCCGAAGAUGCCAUCAGUAAAUUGAGCAAAACAGGGCUACAGAAAACCUUUUUCUGCAAGAUUUGUAAUCAGGGAUUCACCCGGAAGCACAACAUGGUCUCUCAUGAGCUAAUACACACCUCUCUGAAGCUUCACCGCUGUGAAAUCUGUGACAUUCUGUUCAGACGUAUUCAUGACCUAAAACGGCACGAGAAGCUUCACACUGGUGAGAAGCCAUUCCAAUGUGACAAGUGUCACCGCCACUUUGCCAGAACUGAUGCGUUGUCACGCCACUUGAAUUCCCCAAACGCUUGCACUGGCAACAUCUUGCGUGGCCAAACAAAUGAGCGCGCGACUUCGAGGGACAUCGAUGCCAGUGUGAGUCCUUCUGUUAAUGAAGAGACGUCUGUUACAUCUCAUCAAGUGACGAAUGAUACCUCCGCAUCUGCAACCAACGAAGCAAGACCUGACAACACUGGAUCACAUCAAACCCAAUCAUCGUCCAAUUCUUCUAAUGUAGGUUCAACUUUCAUUGGCCAAGGCGGUGCCUUGAUGAACUCAACUGGUGUCUCUUCAUUGCUGGCGAGAGAAGAUGUCGAGAUCCUCAAGACUCCUAAGGACACUGCUAUGUCCCACAAUAAUCAAGAUGGCUCGUUUCCUUCGUCUUCCUUAAGUAGCGGGUCCAUUGAUUUGCCUCAGUACGAGUUAAACAAAUGGCGUCCAUUGCAGUAUCAUGCGGGCCAAGAGCCUCCCCAAGAGCAUGGAGAAAAUUCACAAGACGUUAGAAGCGAACCACUGAGCGGAGCUGAUAGCACUGAAUCUUCAGGGGGUCAUAUUCUGCUCCGAAACCCCACCAACGGUGCCAGAAAGGACUUCCCUAAAACCACCACGACCACCACCACUACAACUACCAUGGAACAAGGUAAUGGCCCCAUGAGUCAAAAGUAUUUGCAACAAAUGACUGCACGAGGAAGAGAUGAGAUUGUUCCCCGUCAAAGUUCGAAUUCCGAUCGUCAUUUUUACCACCAUAUUCACUACUAUCACCACCACAAUUACGAGGGUUCCCACCCAUCGCAAAGAAGACAGUAUCCGCCACAUGCACAGUUGAACGGCUCUUAUAGUAUGGGAGCUGAGUUAAAUCAUGAAGGUGCUUCGGGACGUCCCCCUGUGGCUCGCCAACAACGCAUGAUAAGCUCGGAAGGUCUAGGGCAACCUCAUGGAAGUCAAAAGCGCCUCAUAAUCAAUCGGGGAAUGCCACAUCAAAAAUCCUACCCGGAUCAAAAUUUUCCAGAGCGUAUUCAAAGAAACGGUGGAUAUGAGAGGGUGGAUAACGCAGGCGGUAGCUCUCAAUUCCUUCCCGUGAUGCCAAAUUCUGAGAGGCAGCAUUGGGAAACUCAAAAGCAAAUGGAGUUUUCAAAUUCUCAAAGCGACAAUAGUUUAGAUUCGGCAGCUAAUCGCUCUUCACAGCAGCCUCCGCAUAAUUUACAAGCCCAGCAGCAACACCAAGCUGUCUCUGAGUCGCAGAAACAGCAGGGCUCUCAUAGAGGAGAAGACGGCAUUCCAAUAGACAAUCCAAAUGUGCACCGUCAUCUCUCUGAUGGAUCCAAGGGCUAUGCUGCACCGCAGAAUCGUCAAUUUGAAAUGAUGAAUGGCAAAAGAUCCUAUGUAUCAAUGGAGAAGUAUGAGAAUCUCAUGAACUACGCAAGCAAUUUGCAAAAUUCGCUUAGCACACUUGAGAACAGAUUGGUGGCUUUGGAGUCCGAGAACAAUCGUGACAAACCAAGUUCUUCCGAGAGGCAAAGCAGUCGCCCUGAAAAAAAAUCUAGAAGAUCCGGAGCCAAUGCAGGUAAUUAA